GCAUAUAACAAAUUAUAGAUAAUCUUACUAAAAUAUAUUUACAGACAAAAAUCAAAUUUAAUGUAAAUAACAUAAUUAAUCAAAAUUUAAAUCUAUAGAGCACAAAUAUUAUGGUUAAAUCAGAAAAUAGAUAUUUUCAAGUAUAUAUUAAAAUAACAAACAAAUAACAUAAUAUUGUUUAAAAUAAACCACACAUAUUAAUUACGGUAUAUAUUACAAAAUGAUUAUAAACUUAAUUUUUGUUAGACUUUGGCGUGGGGGAUAAGUUAAUUAGUAGGUGUUUUCUUUAGGGUUUACAAGUCUUAUUAUAAAUAGGAUUGCUCGACCGACAACCUCUUGAACUCCUGUUGAGCUCAAGAACUUCAACGAUAAGAAGAUUGAAUCCUGCAUUCCUGCUGAGAGAGAUGGAGUUGAAGCUGUACAGCACGUACACGCAGCAGAAGGAAGUUUUCAGACCGAUCAAUCCCGGGAAAGUCGGAUUGUACGUCUGUGGAAUCACAGCUUACGAUUUCAGCCACAUCGGCCAUGGUCGCGCCGCCGUUCCCUUCGACGUUCUCUACAGAUUCUUGAUGUAUUUGGGUUAUGAAGUUACUUACGUCAGGAAUUUCACAGAUGUUGAUAACAAGAUAAUCGAACGUGCUAAGAAGAAUGGAGAGAAACCGUUAGAGUUGAGUAAUCGCUUUUGCCACGAGUAUUUGGUUGAUAUGGGUGCUCUUCAGUGCCUCCUUCCCACCCACCAGCCUCGUGUCAGCGACCAUAUGGAUCACAUUAUUAAUAUGAUUCAAAAGAUCAUUGAGAAUGGUUGCGGGUAUGCUGUUGAAGGAGGCGAUGUGUUCUUCUCUGUCGACAAAUCACCAAACUAUGGUAAGUUGUCGGGUCAGCUGCUGGAACAUACACAGGCUGGUAAGCGAGUUGCGGUUGAUUCGAGGAAGCGUAACCCUGCUGAUUUUGCAUUAUGGAAGGCUGUAAAACCUGAUGAGCCGAGUUGGGAGAGCCCGUGGGGUCGAGGAAGACCGGGAUGGCACAUCGAGUGCAGUGCCAUGAGUGCUCACUAUCUGUCCCCGAGAUUUGACAUUCAUGGUGGUGGUGCUGAUUUGAUAUUCCCACACCAUGAAAAUGAACUUGCUCAGACAUGUGCUGCAUGUGAGCAUGGUGGUGUUAAUUACUGGAUGCAUAAUGGCCAUCUCACUAUCAAUAACGAGAAGAUGGCAAAGUCAAAGGACAACUUCAAACCAAUCAGAGAAAUCACAGAACGUUACCAUCCAUUGGCUCUGAGGCACUUUUUGAUAAGUGUACACUACCGCUCUCCUCUGAGCUUCUCAGCGUCAAAGCUAGACAGUUCCUCAGAACUUUUGUAUUAUGUUUAUCAGACAUUGCAAGAUCUUUUUGACGCUCUCUUGCCAUAUCGAGAGGCAAUGUCUGAAGACGGUGGAAAAGCUGAACCGACUUCAGAAGCCAAAGAGAUCAUUAUCAAACUCAAAAGUGAGUUUGACGCAAAGAUGUCAGACGAUUUGAAUACUGCCCAUAUAUUCACGGGCGAAUACGAUCGUGCAUUGAAAUUCAUCAACUCUUCCGUCGGCAAACUCGAGAACAUGCAGGAGAAAGAGAGGAUGUCACUGCUUGUGUCACUUGUUGAGAUUGAGAGAGGAGCCAGGAAAGUUCUCGAAGUUCUUGGUUUGCUCAGUACCCUGAGCUAUGCCGAGAUUUUGAAAGAGAUGAAACAAAAAACACUCACAAGAGCAGGGUUGAGUGAACAAGACCUUUCACAACUAAUUCAAGAAAGGAUAAUGGCGCGGAAGAACAAAGAGUUUGAGAAAAGUGAUGUGAUUAGAGCACAACUGGCAGGUAAAGGAAUAGCUUUAAUGGAUGUUGUUGGUAAAGAAACUGUGUGGAGGCCAUGCUUAUCUUCUUCUCAUGCUACUGAUUCCAGCGACUAAGCAAAAGAACAAUCUUUUUCAUCUCCCAUUCUUCUUCUUUAGCUCUUGUUUAAUACUCUCUUUACACUUGUUGCUGUUUUUGUUUGUCUCUGAAUUUUCAUAAUGAGAAUUUUAUAGAGAAAAAGAU